GGAGUUUUAGGAUGUGACCCGGAAGUGUUUCUAUGGGUCUCCAGGCAGAGUGAAGAUGUUCCUGACAACAGUGAAUUUUGCCAAGAGCAAGUCAAAGUCCAUCCUCGUGAGGAUGGUGAGUGCAGCUGGAAGUGGCUACUGCUUCAAUGCAAAGAGGAGCCGACUACGGGACAAACUCAUUCUGAGAAAACAUGAUCCGAUAGUGAACAAGCACGUGCUUUUCUUUGAAAAGAAGAAAAUCCGGUCAAUCUGAUAUACGAAGUUGAAAUGAACUGAUUUUGUGCAAGGACAAUUCUGGAACUGAAUGGGAUUUCCAGGAAAUAAUGAGUAGCACCUCUAGUUUCAGGAUAAUGCAAAACGUGAUGGUGAUAUUUCAAAAGCUGACAAGAAUGUAGGAGGAGAGAACAAUCAUUUUUACACUUUUAUUUACACUUAACAGUUAUUUUUUUAAAAAUCAAUAAAAUGAGCAAUGGCUAGAACCAAA